CGUCUGUUGCGUCGGUCGCUCGAGUCCUUUCCGCUCGCAAGAAAACACGCGGCAUUUGUUUUCGCCUCGUACUAGAUGCUGUCUGCAGUCGGACACAACAAAAGCAAAAGCGGUGGCAAUAAAAAAAGCCACAGCGGCAGCGAGGAGCGAAAUUAAGCGGAGGCGCAGGAAGAAAACAAAAAAAAUAAAACGGGCGACCCCAAAUAAACAAUCAUCACAUAAAUACGUAAUCAACAAGCGGCCCCAAAAAAAAGAGACGCUUUGGCUGGCAGCCAAAUCGGCAAACCACCCACCGCCUACUACCCACCACUCACCACCCAGCCACCCACCGCAGCAUGUAAAGCUCGGGGGGCGGGGGGAGUGGCACAGACACUUUGCGAGAAGGCGGAGCAAAAGUGGGAGUGAAGCGAUGUGAGGGCAAAACAGUUUGUAAUAUUAAAGAACAGACGCGAGGAGGACGAGCACCUGUUGCUGAACCGGCCAAAAAGGACUUUACCGAAGUGCACUGGACGGGGUGAGAAAGUGGCGGGGAAAUUUCUGGUGAAAGGUGAAAGCCGUACACUGCAACAAUGGCCGUUAAUGUACUGGACUACGAUCACUUCGCCAUCAGCGCCAUCGUGGUGGGCAGCCUGCAGCUGUUCUUCUUUUUGGUCAACUCCAUGCUCCACAUGGACAAGCUGACGGACUUUGCCGGCGGUGUCAACUUCAUCAUCAUCUCCCUGCUGACCUUCUUCCUCGGCCAAAUCGAUCGCCCUUCGAAGGCCUACGACAGUCGCCAGCUGAUGGUCACGCUCUUUGUUUGCCUGUGGGGCGCCCGGCUCUCCGGAUAUUUACUAUAUCGCAUUAUAAAGUUGGGCCGCGACAAGCAGUUCGAGGAUACCCGGAGCAACAUCAUCCGCUACGCGGUCUUCUGGACGUUCCAGGCCGUGUGGGUUUACAUAGUGUCACUGCCUGUAAUAAUCAUAAACUCGCCGCGCCACUCGCAGCCGCAUGCCCCAAAGACGAUGACCACACUGGACUCCACGGGUACGGGUAUGUUCAUCGUGGGCUUGCUGGCGGAGACCUAUGCGGACCUGCAGAAGUUCUCGUUCCGCCAGGAUCCGGCCAAUCAGGGCAAGUUCUGCAAUGAUGGCCUGUGGAGCGUGUCACGGCAUCCCAACUAUUUUGGCGAAGUGGUCAUCUGGUGGGGCAUUUUUGCCAUAUCCCUGAAUGUGAUCAGCGGCCAUGAGUGGGUGGCGAUUGCCUCACCCAUUUUCACCACGAUGAUCAUUCUCUUUUUGUCGGGAAUUCCCUUGCGGGAACGAAGUGCCGAUGAAAAGUACAAAGACCAGCUGGAGUACCGGAAGUACAAGGCCUCGACCUCGCCGCUGAUCCCAGUGCCGCCUGCCGUCUACGUGGAGGUGCCCAGUGCCCUCAAGUUCAUCCUGUGCUGCGAGUUCCCCAUCUACGACUCGAUGCGGAUCCAGAAGGACCUCAGUCCGUACUCGCUGUCGAUAGCGCGCUCGCACUCGCACAUCUAGCAGUCAGUGGCCCACUCCGGCAGUGCGACGGCUGGCGUGGGUCAACUGACCGCCCACUCGACGGGCCAUGGUCAGGGGCAGGGUCAUGGCCAGGGUCACUCGGUGGCCCACUCCCUGCACCGGGGCCAGUGCUACGGGGCCAAUGGCGGCGAUGCCGAGAGCCACCACAACUGCGGCGGUAGCUGCCGCAACGUGCACGUCAAGUCGAAUCCGUACCAGUGCGAGUCGGGCUACGGCCACUAUCCGGUGUGCCACACGGACGACGACACGGACGACGGGAUCAUCUACAUGGACCGCACCCACUUCUACCACGAGCAGGACGGCCACCAGGCGAAGGCGGCCGGCGCCAAGUGCAGCUACCUGGCGGAGGAGGAGCUGGCCUCCGACUACGACGAGGAUGUGCCGGCCAUCGACCUGAGCAAGGCCACCAGCGUGGAGACCUUCGCCACCCGGGUGCAGUCGGAGCAGGUCGUGAAUGCCGAUGGGUUGCCCGUGACAGUGACCACGAUUUUGUGA